CCUCUCCUGCCCUUGCUCGCGCAGCCAUGGCGGAGCCGUCGGCGGCCACUCAGUCCCCGUCCGUGUCCUCGUCGUCCUCCGGGCCCGAGCCUUCGGCGCCCAGCGGCGGGAGCCCUGGAGCCUGCCCCGCCCUGGGGGCGAAGAGCUGCGGCUCCUCCUGUGCGGAUUCCUUUGUUUCUUCCUCUUCCUCUCAGCCUGUAUCUCUAUUUUCGACCUCACAAGAGGGAUUGAGCUCUCUUUGCUCUGAUGAGCCACCAUCAGAAAUUAUGACUUCCUCCUUUUUUUCAUCUUCUGAAAUGCGUAACAAUGACCUUACAAUACUACAUGGAGAAAAAAGCAAAGUGUCAGGCAGCCAGGCUAUUUUAGCCAAAGAAGGAAAAGACUACUUGGCUCUCCUAGAUGUGAAAAAGAUGGAAAGGCCUCAAGAGACCAGUAGAGACCUAGCAGACUCCCCAGUUGCUGGGGCAGAAGGAGUUCAAUGUGACCGUCCUUUCGUUCCGGCCAAUUUCCCAGAUCGUCCUGCUUUUCUCUCCAAGGAAAUCGGUCUGCUGGAACAGCAAAUAGAAAAAGAUCAAGAGUCCAAGAGCCCAAAUGAGGUACCAAGUACAGACGGUAAAGCUGGCUUGGAUGCUGAUGACAAGUUCACUUUGCUAACAGCUCAGAAACCAGUGACCCAGCAGUCUAAGGCAGAAGGCAUUUGUAAAUAUUCCUUGUCCCCAGCUGAAGUUUCAGGAGGUGGUAUUCUUGAAAAGGAUUCCCCUGAGUCACCAUUUGAAGUCAUUAUUGACAAAGAAGCGUUUGACAAAGAAUUUAAAGAUGCAUAUAAGGAGAGCACGAAUGAUUUUGGUAGCUGGGCAGUGAGCACUGAUAAAGAAACAUCUGCAGACAUUUUAGAGUCUAAAGACAAAGUAUUUCCACUGAGAAGCAAAGAGGCAGGGCGUUUCCCAACCUCUGCCUUGCUCACUAGACAGUUUUCACGUACAACUGCAGCACUGGAAGAAGUGUCUAGAUGUGUGAAUGAUAUGCAUAACUUUACUAAUGAAAUACUGACUUGGGAUUUGGUUCCCCAAGCAAAAGAAGAGAGCAAUAAGUCUGACUACAUCACAAAAACCACAGGACUUGACAUGAGUGAAUAUAAUUCAGAAAUCCCAGUUGUAAAUCUUAAAACUAACACUCACCAGAAAAUUCCCGUACGUUCUAUUAAUGGGAGCACUCCCAUCAGUAAAUCAGCAGAUGAUUGGGGACAGCAGUCCCUCCCACAAGAAAAUGCUAACAUUGACAAACCUAUACCAGAGUCCACGAAGGAAGACGUCAGUAUUAAAGGUGUGGGAGGCCGUGUGCAGAAACAAGGUAACAUGGCUUCAGAGUUCCCUAGAUCUCCCACCAAGAAUGGGGUCUCUCUGGGUUCUGGAGUGGCUGCUGUGAAAGUGGUUUUACCUGAUGGCCACCUGAAAGGUGAAAUGAACUGGCAGACCUCUGUGUUAGGAGAGGUGACAGAAGCUGAUAGUUCCGGUGAGUCUGAUGACACAGUAAUAGAGGACAUCACAACCAGUAUUUCAUUUGAAGGAAACAAAAUUCAGGCUGAAAAAUCUGUUCCCAGUCUAAGUGCAAUUGUAAAAAGAAAUGAAAGAGAAAUUGAAGAGAUUUUCGAUUCCAAUAGGGAAAACAAAACCUGUGAAAACUUUGAAGGGCCAGUCAGUGACCUUGAGGCAGCACAAGUUCAGCCUGAUAUUCCUGAAAAGAGUCCAGUUGGUGAGGCAGCAUGUUCACAAGUACCUGAUCUGAAAGUCAUGGCAGAAGAUGUGAAGCAGUCAGUUAGUAUGAGUAAAGUUGCUUCUGAAAAACGUGUUGCAGCUGAGAACCCAAAGCAUCCUUCAGGUGUAUCUCCAGGUGUUCUGCAGGAGACAAAAUUCUCAUUAAAUGUGACAACCUCUGCCUAUUUGGAGCCAUUACAUGAAAAAAGCGUUAAAGAUGUAGAUGAUUCCUCCCCAGAGGACCUAAAAGCGGCCUUUACAGAAACCAGAGAGAAAGGAAUCCUAGGUAAAGGUGAAGGAAAUGCCUUCGAGGCAACAUCAGAGAAGAGUAGGGACUUUAAAACCAGUCUUGCUUCGAAAGUCUUGCAUGAAAAUGAGUCAGGUGGUUCUGAAAUUAAAGACCAAAGAAGCAAACACAUGGAACAAAACAAAGAAAUAAAUGGAAGUGAGAUUCUGGGUGUUUUCCCUGCCCAAGGUACUCCAGUAGCAUCUCUAGACUUAGAACAGGAAGAGCUCACAAUCAAAGCCCUUAAAGAAUUGAGUGAAAGGAGGGCUGAGAAAUCCGCUUCUGUACGAGGUGAUGUAGAGUCUCCUCCUGAAGAAACACUUGAGCACAUUCCGGAAUCCUCCUGGCUUCAGAGAGCCUGUGAUGUCCCAGAACACAUGGAAGUUAACCCUGGAUCUGAUCUUGGGGUUUCCAAGAAGCCCACAAUGGUCAAAGAAACUACUAGGGCAGAUAUUAUUCCGAGCCUUAGUAAGACUGAAGUGGUAAACAAGCAAGUCCUAGCAAGACUUCUGACGGACUUCUCAGUGCACGAUCUGAUUUUCUGGCGAGAUGUGAAGAAGACUGGAUUCGUCUUUGGCACCACACUGAUCAUGCUGCUCUCGCUGGCCGCUUUCAGUGUCAUCAGUGUGGUUUCUUACCUCAUCCUGGCUCUUCUCUCUGUCACCAUCAGCUUCAGGGUCUACAAGUCUGUCAUCCAAGCUGUACAGAAAUCAGAAGAGGGCCAUCCAUUCAAAGCCUACCUGGACGUGGACAUCACUGUGUCCUCAGAAGCUUUCCACAAUUACGUGAGCGCCGCCAUGGUGCACAUCAACAGGGCCCUGAAGCUCAUUAUUCGUCUCUUUCUGGUGGAAGAUUUGGUUGACUCCUUGAAGCUGGCUGUCUUCAUGUGGCUGAUGACCUAUGUCGGUGCCGUUUUCAAUGGAAUCACCCUUCUGAUUCUUGCUGAGCUGCUCGUUUUCAGUGUUCCGAUUGUCUAUGAGAAGUACAAGACCCAGAUUGAUCACUAUGUUGGCAUCGCCCGCGAUCAGACCAAGUCAAUUGUUGAAAAGAUACAAGCAAAACUCCCUGGAAUCGCAAAGAAAAAGGCAGAAUAAGUACAUGGAAACCAGAAAUGCAACAAUUACUAAAACACCACUUAAUAGUUAUAACGUUAUUACUUGUACUAUGAAGGAACGUGCUCAGUGUCAGCUUGAGCCUGCAUUCCAAGCUUCUUUUUCUUAAUUUGGUGUUUUCUCCCCUCCUUUCCCUUUACCUUCAGUAUCAAGCACAAGAAUUGUUGGACUGAGAAAAAGAACUGAUAUCUUAGGACCCAAAAGAAUAAAGAAAGAAUCUAGUAGGAUAAAUCAGAACCUUAAUGGUGGUGGGGCUUUUACUUGGAGCUUGAAAGGGGAGAGGUUGGAGGUCAAGGAGAAAAUAGAGACAAAGCACUGCUCUUGGAUUCUGCUAUCCAGUUUUCAAGGACUAGUCUGACACAGCUUCCCAUCAGAGUUUUACCCUUAUUUUUAAGUUAAGAAAUAAUGAUUAACUUAUGAGGAAAUUAUCCGGGGACAAGCAUGGGAUUCCUUCCCACGGGUCUUUGGCAGCUCCUGACCACGUCUUCCCGCCCACAGCGUGAGCUGCUGCUCCUGACAUUCCACUUCUUCACGUAAUGACAGAACUUCCGAGUCUAUGAAUAACUUGUAGGUGACAGUGCGCAUUUCCAAUGCCCAGAAUGCCGUCUGGCAACCAGGAAUGGAGCCGGAAGUGGGGUGUGACAGCCUGCCCUCUCCCGCUCAUCCUAGGAAGGAAAGUUCCCGCCAUUUGGGAGGGUGGUGUCUGUGUCACUUCUUGUGGGCACCAGUUCUGAGCUUCAGUUUGAGAACUCAUUCCUGAAUGUGCUUUUCUCCCUCCCCUGCCCACCUCACCUCGAGUUUAAUAAAUAUGGUUGUACUUUUCUUAUUAUGAAAUAAAUGUCUGUAACUGCUGUG